AUGACUCGCACACCACCACCUGAUCCUCUUCCACCGAACCAGAAUAUCGGAAUUACACUCAUUGUCGUUACGAGCAUUCUAACUGGCUUUAUGCUUCUAACGACUGGCCUGAGGAUCUACACUCGCUUUUCUCUCAAUGCGCAGGGCUUGGAUGACUACUGCAUCAUUAUCGUUAGUGUUUUAGCACUUGCUCGAAUGGCCAUUCAAGUGGUGCAAGUUGCAAUUUAUCACAACGGCCGCCACCGUUGGUAUAUUAGCGAGUCUGACUACAUCAAUAACAAUAUGUUGGGGUGGUACGCACAAAUUCUCCUUUUUGCUAGUGUGUGUUUCCUGAAGUCAUCCAUUUUAUUCUUGAUCAUACGUCUUAGGGACGAACCAAAGGUCCGCCGAACCCUUUAUGCCGUGGUCAUAGGGCUCUUCGCUACCAACUUUGGUUCUAUUUUCAUUCUCGUGGCAGAAUGCUCUCCCCCAUCCGUGUACUGGACCCAAAAAGGUGGGAAGUGCUGGGAUACAAGGAUUCGCAUAUAUGCUAUAUAUCUUACCAUAGCAUAUUCAGUAGCAACUGACAUACUCUGCUCGUUGCUUCCUUUGUAUGUUGUGUGGGGCGUUGGUAUCAAGAUGCAUACCAAAAUCGCUGUGUGUGGCUUAAUGAGCCUUGGUCUCCUCGCUACAGCGUUCGGUGUGGCUAGGGCCGCUUCUCUCGGCCUGGUGACAAUCGAUCUCAGCUGGGAUUACGCAAUAUCGGCGAUUUGGUCCAACCUUGAACUCUUCUUAGGUAUCAUCGCCGCAAAUGUCGCUAUCUCACGCUCCAUAUACGCUUUUUUUCGUCAAGAUAAGACGGCCGCCAGUGUGUCGGGUUACAGUUCCGCAAAUAUCCGUUUGGGCUAUUUGAAACACGACGAGCUACGCAAUAAUACUACAAGUAACUCAACCUUAGCGAUUAUCCGUCGGCCGUCUGUUUCCAAAAGCGAAGGAAGUGAAGCCCCUUUGACAGCUAUGUCUUACACGGUGGCAUCGUCCUCAGCGCUAGACAAACUGGAUAAAUUCGCUUAA